AUAAAUUUAAAGAUAAUAAAUUUAAAGAUAAUAAAUUUAAAGAUAAUAAAUAAAAAAAUAAUAUUAAACAAUUUGUAUGAAUGGUUGGAAUCUGAGGGUAAAAAAUUUCAAAUUUGGCUAAAUUCAAGUAAAUCAAAUUUUCAGUCACAUACUCCAAAUUACGCCGUAAACAGCUUUAACAAUGUGGAACAGAAGUGUUAAGGGUUGAGUUAGGGGUGAGAGGUUAGAGUUAAGAGUGAGAGUAAUUGUAACCCCAUGAGGGUGAAUGAAGGAAAUUGAGCUGAAUGAAAUCAGUUCAAGUAUUUACGAUUUCGGCCAGGAUUUAACUGAUUUAAUGCUCUUUCAUUAUGCCCACGAAUUACUCAUCCGAACCUAACCACGACAAACGGAUUCCAACCCGUAACACCUUUCCACCCCGCCCUAAACUCUAACUCUUUCCAACACUUCUUCUCUUUACUCGGACGUGUUUCACCUUUUUUCACCUUUUUUCACAUUUUCGACUUUUUUUCACUUUUUCCAGAGUUUUUCACUUUUUCGACAGUUUUUGACGUAAUUUGAAAUAAUUUCAAAAUAAAAUUAAAUAAAAUAAUUUAAAGUAAUAAUUUAAAAAAAUUGGCAAUCUCGGCAUAACAUUGUUAUGCGAUUGUGUUAUAAUUUAGUGCGUGGCUUGUUAUUGCAGAAGAUGGGAGCGCACUUGAGUAGUCCGAAGACUGAGAAGGUGUCGACGAGCGGCGGUGACUUCAGACUCGACUCCACAGUCUUCGGCGCAACGUCCAUGCAAGGCUGGAGAAUCUCCAUGGAAGACGCACAUCUCACCAUACCCUCGUACAACAAUACCGGAGAUCGUGUGAUGACCCCUGGAACGGGUGACGAGAGCAUUUCUGUGGGGAGUAUUUACGGUGUGUUUGACGGUCACGGUGGUAACUGUGUGAGUCGUUGGGUGUCUGAGAAUUUUUCAAAUGUGUUUUCUAAGGAGUUUCGGGACGUGAGGCGACGGUACUUAGAGGGCAGUUUAGUGCCUAAGCAUGAGUCAGACUCCGUAGAGUCAAAAUUAGUAGCCGAAGCGCUGCAAAAUAGUUUCCUCAGACUUGACCAACACCUAGCCACACCCGAAGUCGACUCACAACUUCACCUCAUCUCCAACCGCAAAAACGAUGAAAUCGACUCCACUAACCUUUUUAAAGUUCUCUUACCCGAAAAAUUAAAUAACAGACAACACGCCAUUGAUAUCAUACAACAACUCACUUCAUUCGAUAACUCCUUCACGCCAGCCACUGAUACAACACAGGUGGAGGAGGAAUUGAACAAGUAUGACAGUAUUCCGUACUAUAAAGACGACCAGGUGGAUGAAGCAACAAUUAACAGCGAGCUCGGAAUUGACACCGACGAACCCAUGGAAUCCGACGGAUCCGUCGGUGGCACUACUACACAACUUACAACCACACACACUGACACUUCUCACACUUCUCAAACUUCUAACACUUCUAACACUACUACUCAAACUGAAAGUGACACGGCCGCAUUUGGUACGUAUGGUACGGCGGUGACAACGGUGGUUAACACGUUGUUAACGCAGAAGGAGCGGGAGGAUUUAUAUGCAAUGGGUUGUGGCGCUACGAGUGUAGUGGUUGUGGUGUUGGAGGACCCGGUGCCGUGUGUCGUAGUGGCAAACGCCGGUGACUCCCGCUGUGUCUUAUCAAGGAAUAAGCUAGCGGUUCCGUUAUCGGUGGACCAUAAGCCGACGGACGAGCUUGAGCUUAGUCGGAUCCGCCGUGCCGGAGGCAAUGUCAUCAACGGCCGCGUUGACGGGAACCUGAACCUCUCCCGCAGCCUAGGCGAUUUAUCAUUUAAAAUGGACCAGAAUUUGGACCAAAGGGAGCAGAAAAUUAUUUCAUUUCCCGAUAUACAAAUUGUUAAACUCACAAGAGACGACGAGUUUCUCGUACUCGCAUGCGACGGCAUCUGGGACUGCAAAUCAAACCAACAAGUCGUCGACUUCAUACACACCAAACUGACACAAUACGCCGAUAAACUCCAAGAUAAACAUUCUCACGGUGUAGGUGUGGGUGAUAAACAUGGUCACGGUGUAGGUGUGGGAGAUAAACAUGGUCACGGCGUAGGAAUGGGAAUGGGAAUGGGAAUGGACAGGAGGAAGGAGGUGUUGGAGAGGAUAUGUGAGGAGUUGUGUGAUUUGUGUUUGAGUAGUAACCCGAGCGAGUCUGAAGGGAUCGGAUGCGAUAACAUGACAGUCAUCAUCGUACUAUUCAACCAACAACUGUAUAAUAAAAUACAUUAAUCUACAUUCAAUCUCUAUACCUUACUUAGUCUUUUAAGAGGUUAAUUUGCUUCUAUUUAU